UAUUUUCUUUUUUCUCAUUAUUGGCCUCUUUUAACUAGCCCUGUCUUAUAAACUAAAAAAAUUUGUUAGUUUUCCGAUAUUUCCAUAAUAUUAUGAAUACGUUGGUUCUUAGUACUGAUAAGUUUUUAUUAUUUUUUUAAAUUUUUUUUUGCGUAAGGAUUUAUAGUUACUUUGCUCAGAAUUUAUUUCAAGGAAUCUUCGUGGAAUCUUUAUUCUACAAAGGUGAUAGGUUUUGAAGGAGUCCUAAAAUGAUAUGGAUCAUAUUCCAGAAAAAAAAAAAAAAUGCAUAUCAGUUCAAAAAUUGUUUGGUGAAGCUGGCCUUUACUAACAGAGAAUUAAGAGUUUUACAGUCUCCCUUCUUUAGAAUCCUCUCUUGCUGUGAUGAAUGGGGUGGUAGUACCUUCUCCUUGUUGUCGUAAUUUAUGACCACUUGUCUAUCAUGGUGUUUAGCAACCUUGGCAGUGUAAGAUGGGCAUCUCUAACUUGGAAUUGUGUAUGCCGAAAGCUGAGAGCUUGAGAGAGAGAAAAUGCCGCAGCUAUGAAGUCCUCUUAUGGUUUUGUGGACUACCAUGAUCGAGCAUCUGCAGCCCUUGCAAUAAUGACAUUGCAUGGACGGCAACUAUAUGGUCAAGCACUUAAGGUGAAUUGGGCAUAUGCCAAUAGCAGUAGGGAAGAUACUUCAGGACACUUCAAUAUAUUUGUUGGUGAUUUGAGUCCAGAGGCUACUGAUGCAACUUUAUUUGCAUGCUUCUCAGUCUAUCCUAGUUGUUCUGAUGCAAGGGUUAUGUGGGAUCACAAAACUGGUCGCUCAAAAGGAUAUGGUUUUGUUUCUUUCCGUGAUCAUCAGGAUGCCCAAAGUGCUAUCAAUGAUAUGACAGGUAAAUGGCUGGGAAAUAGGCAAAUACGAUGCAAUUGGGCAACCAAGGGUGCUAGUGGCAGCUCCAAUGAAGAGAAGAACAAUGACAACCAAAAUGCUGUUGUGCUUACAAAUGGAUCUUCAGAUGGAGGUCAAGAUAAUAACAAUGAGGAUGCUCCUGAAAGCAAUCCUUCAUACACAACAGUUUAUGUUGGCAACCUUCCCCAUGAUGUAACACAAGCUGAACUCCAUAUUCAGUUCCAUGCACUGGGGGCUGGGGUUAUUGAGGAGGUUCGAGUUCAGAGGGAUAAGGGUUUUGGAUUUGUCAGAUAUAGCACUCACGAUGAAGCAGCAUUGGCCAUUCAGAUGGCUAAUGGAAGAAUAGUUCGUGGGAAGACUAUGAAGUGUUCAUGGGGUAGCAAGCCAACUCCUCCUGGAACAGCUUCAAAUCCAUUACCUCCUCCUGCUCAACCAUAUCAAAUACUUCCCACUGCAGGGAUGAACCAAGGCUAUUCUCCCGCUGAGUUGUUGGCUUAUCAGCGCCAACUGGCCUUGAGUCAAGCUGCUGUAUCUGGCCUUUCGGGUCAAGCUCUUCUGCAAAUGACCGGACAACAUGGCCUAGCUCCUGCUUCAAUGGGCAUAAACUCUGGGGGAUCUCAAGCUAUGUAUGAUGGAUAUACUGGUAAUUCAUCAAGGCAGCAGCUUAUGUACUAUCGUUGAUACAUUAGCCAGUGCAGAUUCACAAGUGCAUUCUUGCCUUCUGGAGGGCAUUGAUGCAUCAUCACAUUUCUCUUUGCUUCUCCGCAGCAUGUCCUUUUCAAACUGGGCUUUUUGAUUGAGGUAUUGCGG